GGAAAGAGACAACAUGAGAAAUAUGGAUUACCUCUUCCUUUCAACAGAAAGCAAUUUGAAUGAAGGGUAUUGGGCAUUGUAUCCUAAAACUUCUCCAAUCCAAGCCUUGUUGUUUGUUUCCCUCUCAUCACUUUGAGAAAUUUAAUCAUCAUGGCUCACUAUUCCACUCGACCCAAACGAUAAUUAAGCAGAACUAAUAUAAUGAAACGCCAAUAGAAGAAGACAUAGCCCAUAGAGGAGGAGACCGGAAAAUCUGUGAACCUGGAACCUCUUCUGCCUUGGAUUGGCCUGAAUCCAGGGCAGAGUUGAGCUCUGCCUCCACCUCUAACCACUAAUUUUGCAAAUUCAUUCACAUAAGAGAAUGGCAUUUCAAGAUUUUGACCUGAUUUCCGAGCGGCGGAAGAAGGAAAAGCAGGCCAAGUUGAGGAGGAGAAUCAUAACCGCCUUGGUGUUGGUCGUCGUCCUCCUCCUCGCCGCGGCUGCUGCAUUUGCUUAUUUUGUGGUGCUUAAGGCCCCCCACGAGGACAAAGAGAAGCAUGCCUCUAAGACAAACAAGGCUCACAAGCCCAAAUCCUCGCCGCCCCAUCCACAGCCGCCUCCCAAAUCGGAAACCGCCGAGCAGGCGGAGCCAGAGGCUGCUGUUGUCGGGCAUGGCGAGCCGCCCUCCUCACCAUCCAAGGCUGCUGUUGUUGACCAUGGCGAGCCUCCCGCAUCACCGUCCAAGGCUGCUAUUGUCGAGCCGCCGUCAAUAGCGCCGUCGGAACCUCCAUCCCAAUCCCCAGUUGAACCACCGGCGGUGAUUGGAAAAGCUGAGAAGGUCAUCGCGACGAUAUGUGCGGGCACGGACUACAACGCCACCUGCGAGGACAGCCUCAAGAGGGCGGCGAAGGAGAAUGCCUCGGCCGCUCACAACCCCAAGGAGCUUCUAAGGUCUUCCAUGGCAAUCGCCAUAGAGGAAAUCGACAAGGCAAUAAAGCAAGCCGGCGGCCUGAAACUCGACACGCCGCAUAAGAAAGCUGCGAUGGACGAUUGCAAGGUGCUCCUCGCCGACGCGAUGGAGGAAUUGAACAGCUCCAUGUCCGGCGUGGGAAACUCGGGGAUGGAAUCCCUAGCUUCUAGAACCCCCGACUUGAACAAUUACUUGAGCGCCGUGAUUACCUUUCAGGACAACUGCAUCGACGGAUUUCCCGACGGCGAAGAGAAGACGGCCGUCAGGAACUCCCUCAAGACCGCCGAGGAGAUCGCCAGCAACGCUCUCGCCAUCGUCUCCCAGCUCUCCUCCGCGCUCUCCACCUUCCAGAUCCCAGAUCUCGACCUCAAGCGACACCUCCUCGCCGACGAAGACGACCGCGAGUUUCCGGCAUGGAUGGACCACGAGGAACGCAGGAUCCUCAAGGUCGAGGCUCCCAAGCAGCCACCCAACGCCACCGUCGCCAAGGAUGGCAGUGGGAACUUCACAACCAUUAAUGCUGCUUUAGCCGCCAUCCCUCAAAAAUACGACGGGCGGUAUGUAAUUUUUGUCAAGGAAGGAAUAUACGAAGAAAAUGUGGUGGUGACAAAGAAGAUGGUGAACCUCACUAUCUAUGGAGUUGGGUCAAAAAAGACUAUCGUUACCGGUAGCAAAAAUUUUGUAGAUGGAGUGUCAACAUACCAAACCGCAACGUUUGCUGUAAUGGGAGAUGGAUUCUUAGGACAAUCGAUCGGGUUCCGUAACACAGCGGGGCCGGAGAAGCACCAAGCGGUGGCGCUCAGAGUUCAAGCAGAUCGGGCAAUAUUCAUCAGCUGCAGAAUGGAAGCCUACCAAGACACUCUGUACGUCCAAGCCCACCGCCAGUUCUACCGCGGCUGCUACAUCACCGGCACCGUUGACUUCAUCUUCGGCAACGCCGCCGCCGUCUUCCAGAACUGCAUGAUCUACGCCCGCAAGCCCAUGGAGAACCAGCAAAACAUAGUGACGGCCCAGGGGAGGACCGACCGGCGGCAGACCACCGGGAUAGUCCUCCAGAACUGCAAGAUCCUGGCGGACGACACCCUCGAGCCGGAGAAGGCGAAGACCAAGAGCUAUCUCGGGCACCCGUGGAAAGAGUAUUCAAGGACCGUGGUCAUGGAGUCCGAAAUCGGAGAUUUCAUCCAUCCGAAAGGAUGGAUGCCCUGGAGUGGAGACUUUGCCUUGGAGACAUUGUACUACGCCGAGUACGCAAACUCCGGCCCGGGGGCUUCGGUUAAGUCCAGGGUGAAGUGGGGGGGUUACAAGGGAGAGAUCAAGAAGGAGGAGGCCAUGGAAUACACCGUUGGCCCAUUCUUACAAGGGGAUACUUGGCUCAAGGCUGCGGAAUGUCCCGCUCGCUUUGGCCUCACCAAGUAAUUUUGGUUUUUUUUUAAAAGAAGAUGGAGAGGAAUUGAGGCUGCCACAAUUUGUCACAGUUAUUUGAGUUCUAACAUUCACUUUUCGGCUUGAAAGAUUAUGAUUAUUGCACCAUUAAUUUUAGGAACUUCGAAUUCUCACCUCAUAUUUCUACAUAUAAGGUAUAAUUGUACAUGUUU